CUUUCAUGUCAGUUUUCUCUUUAUUUAUUUAUUUAUUUAUUUUAUUAAGACACAUUCGGUUCUGGCUUCUCUUCUCCUUCAUUCACAGACUCACAUAUCUAAAGUUCAGAAAUGGUUCUAUUCUCAAAACCAAACCAUUCCAUUCUCAUCUUCUUCUCUACAUUUCUGUAAUUUCUUUCCUCCAUUACUACCGGUUUGUUGUGGGUUUUUGAGGGUGCUUGUUAUUGACAUUGCUGAGCUGCAUAGUAAUUUAGGGUAACACUUCUGUUGGUGCAACCAUGGUCCUAGGCUUGAGGACGAAGACCAGGAGGAGCUCUUCUGUUCAGAUUGAUUACCUUGUUCAUAUUCAGGAGAUUAAGCCCUGGCCCCCAUCGCAGUCGCUUAGAUCACUUAAAUCUGUGUUGAUUCAAUGGGAAAACGGUGACCGAUGCUCAGGCUCAACUAAUGCUGUUGUCCCAUCAAUUGGGUCUAUUGUUUUCGAGGGAAAAAUUGAAUUCAAUGAAUCUUUCAGGCUACCUGUGACUCUACUUAGGGACAUGUCUGUUAAAGGUGGGGAUGGAGAUGUGUUUCAGAAGAAUUGUUUAGAGCUCAACUUGUAUGAACCUCGAAGAGAUAGGACCGUUAAAGGCCAGUUACUAGCUUCUGCCAUUAUAGAUUUAGCAGAAUAUGGUGUGCCUAAAGAAAGCUUGAGUGUUAGUACUCCAAUGAACUGUAAGAGGAGCUUUAAGAAUACAAAUCAACCUGUUUUAUACAUUACACUUCAGUCUGUUGUGAAGGCUCGCAGUAGGACUUCAUCUAGAGAGAGCUUAUCAAGGGCAAUGUCAAUGGAAAAUGUGGGUGGAGAGUCAGUUUCAGCCUUGAUGAAUGAAGAAUAUGCUGAAGAAGCUGAAAUUGCUUCUUUUACUGAUGAUGAUGUUUCUUCUCACUCAUCUGUUGCAGCUUCUUCUAAUGGGGGGUUACAUCCUCGUAAUGAAGAGAAUGGAAUAGACACAAUGACUGAGGGCACUGAUGGGAGUAACAAGAAGCCUACUGGAUCCUCAAAACUACAGCUUGAAAAAUCAAAUCUAGUACGACAGAACUCGCCAAGUGGAAAUGUGAGGCGAAGUUUGUCGCGCUCGUCUUCCAUGGACUUAUCUUCUGAUAUGGGAAGUCCACUAAAUAAUCAUGCUUCUGUGUCCCACUCUCCAGUUUCAAGUUCUGCCAAAAUCCUAAAAAGUGUUGAACGUGCUCAUUCCUCUUCAUCUUUGGUGAAUGAAAAUGUGGAAGAGAAUCCUGACACUAGAAUAAGAAGCAUUGAUCGUGAAUAUUUAGCUCAAGAUAUUCACGGGAAUGCCGCUAAUGGAAGAAGUAAUUUUACAAAUGGGAAACCCCAGGCAGUUGAGCAACUGACAUCCAAUGGUAACUCCGAAGUUAAUGGAAAUAAUAACGGACAGAAGGAAAUCGGUAGAGAUUUCUUGGAGGCGAAUGGAACAAGGGAUGACAGAGAAGGAAAAGAGGAGGAAAAGAUUAAGGAUGAAGGACAGCAGUUGACCGAGGAAAGCUCUUUGAAAGAAGAUGAAUAUGCACAAGAUGUUACCAGAAAGCUAUCAUUGGGAAGUGAUACAUCAUCUCCAAGCAGGGAAAAUCUUGGAGUGAAAGAAAGUAUUCUGAAUAUUGAAAGAUUAAAACAUGUAAAAUCUGUUAGAGCAGAUCCUUCUAGGAAUGGAUUGGUUGUUAGCAGUCAGUCUGCAGAGAGUAGGGAAACUGGUGUUCAAGGAGAUGCACAAAGCGGCAUGGGUAGCCUCAGACUUAAGGAAAGAAAAGAUCCUAAGGUGUUUCCAAGAGACACUAGAAGUGCCAUUUUAGAAAGUAAGAUGCAGCAGUUGGAGAACAGAGUGAAAAUACUUGAAGGAGAGUUGAGGGAAGCUGCUGCAAUUGAGGCUUCUCUUUAUUCAGUAAUUGCUGAGCAUGGAAGUUCUAUGAGUAAGGUACACGCACCAGCUAGGCGCCUUUCUCGACUGUACCUUCAUGCUUGCAGAGAGAGUUCCCAGUCUAGAAGGGCUAAUGCAGCUAGAAGUGCUGUUUCAGGAUUAGUUUUGGUUGCAAAAGCUUGUGGAAAUGAUGUCCCUAGGUUAACAUAUUGGCUGUCAAAUUCUGUUGUGUUGAGAGCAAUAGUAAGCCAAGCUGCUGGGAGCGUGGAGCAUCCACUUUCUACUGGAUCUUCAAAUAAUAGGAAUGGCACUCAAAAGGUAAAAGGCAAAGUAACAUCUCCCUUAAAAUGGAAGGCAUUCUCUCCCAGCAAAAGGGAUGGCAUGGAUCUUUUGUCCAGCAGCUUAAGUGAUUGGGAGGAGCCACGUACAUUUACAUGUGCACUAGAAAAGAUUGAAACUUGGAUUUUUUCUAGAAUUGUUGAAUCUAUUUGGUGGCAGACUUUGACCCCGCAUAUGCAGUCUGUCCCGAAAAAAGAUGUUGAUAAAGACAGUAGUUCUGGAUUAAGAAAAAGCUACAGCAGGACAUCUAGUUUAGGUGACCAGGAAGAACAAGCGAAUUUUUCGUUAGACCUAUGGAAGAAGGCCUUUAGAGAUUCCUUCGAAAGGCUUUGUCCUGUACGUGCCGGUGGACAUGAAUGUGGCUGCUUGCCUAUGUUGGCUAGAUUGAUAAUGGAGCAGUGUGUGGCAAGAUUAGAUGUGGCAAUGUUCAAUGCUAUUCUUCGAGAAGCUGGUGAUGAGAUUCCUACUGAUCCUAUAUCAGAUCCCAUCAGUGACUCUAAGGUGCUUCCAAUUCCAGCAGGAAAAUCAAGCUUCGGGGCUGGUGCACAACUGAAAGUUGCGAUUGGGAACUGGUCUAGAUGGCUGACAGACCUAUUUGGCAUGGAUGAUGAUGACCCACUUGACAAGAUAGAGAACAGCCAUGACAAUGAUGAUGAAAGACAAGAUACAUCCUUCAAGUCUUUCCGUCUUCUUAAUGCAUUGAGUGAUCUGCUGAUGCUUCCAAAGGACAUGCUCUUGAGUAGAUCUGUCAGAAAAGAGGUAUGUCCUACAUUUGCUGCACCAUUGAUAAAGAGGAUUCUCGACAACUUUGUCCCAGAUGAAUUUUGCUCUGAUCUGAUCCCAGUUGCUGUGAUUGAAGCUCUAGAAUCUGAGGAUCCUAGCGAGGUAGAGGAAGAGGUCGCCACUAACUUCCCAUGCACUGCUGCUGCAAUUUUCUACUCCGCACCUUCCACAGCUUCCAUUACAAGCAUUAUUGGAGAGGUUGGAGCUCAUCCACAUCUAAAAAGGAGUGGAUCCUCAGUGCUCAGAAAAUCAUACACCAGCGAUGAUGAGCUUGAUGAAUUGAACUCGCCACUGAAGUUGAUCUUCAACGAAGGUCCCCGCUCUUCACCAGUGCCUACAAAGACAAGUUGGAUUUCAAAAGAAAAGAACAAUCAAAAUACUCUCAGAUACGAGCUACUUCGAGAGGUAUGGAUGGAAAGCGAGUAACUACUAAAUACAUACCAUGUUAAUAUAGAUAUUUUUGCCUAUUCUUUUUCUUUGGGAGAGUUGUACAUCUAAUAGUUGUAGAUCCUGUAUUUUCUUACCAAAAUCAAAAGAAGAUAUGCAUUCUAGAAAGACUCAAAUGCUUGUUAAGAGUUUGUGUGUGCAAUAAUAUGAGAAAAUAAAAUUUUCAAGGCAA